GUGUGUGAGCGUGUGUGCCAAUGUCAUUCUGACCAGAACAGACGCUGCUGCUUCAAAGUAGUGAGUGGACAGGGGGAGAGAAGACGAGAAAACGCGCACACGCUCUAAUUGGAUUUGACAAUCCCUCUUCUUGUAUCUUGGAGUUUAACCUUCACUGGACAUCGGUAUUUCUGCAAAGUUAUUUCAGUAGGGCCUGUUCUUUCUUUAGCCAUUUAAUUUCUCUGAAGUCUGUUCGCAAGUGAUCUGAAGGGGGAGCGACUAUCCGACAGGGCGAGACGCAGGCACUGGAGUGAAUCCGCGUCGCGCGCUGUCAAAGUCAUGCCGGCUGGAUUUCAGCAGCUGGGAGCUCGGGAGAGAAUUACUGGAACCCUCGCCCUCUCUGUGUUCACGGCUGUAUUAGGGUCUUUUGAAUUCGGGUACAACAUAGGGGUCAUCAAUGCUCCUCAACAGAUCAUUGAACAAGACUACAAUGCCACCUGGAUGCACAGGUACUCUGAGCCCAUUCCCCAUGGCACCCUCACGUCCCUCUGGUCUCUUUCCGUGGCCAUCUUCUCCAUCGGAGGCAUGAUCUCCUCCUUCUGUGUGGGAGUCAUCUCCGAGUGGCUCGGAAGGAGGAAAGCAAUGCUCAUCAACAAUCUCUUUGCAUUCAUUGGUGGAGGCUUGAUGGGGAUGUCCAAAAUCAGCCGGUCAUUUGAGAUGAUGAUUUUGGGCAGAUUCAUCAUCGGGGCAUACUGUGGACUGGCAUCUGGGUUGGUGCCUAUGUAUGUGGGAGAGAUAGCGCCAACUACUCUAAGAGGGGCCUUGGGCACGCUGCAUCAGCUGGCUAUUGUAACUGGGAUUCUUAUUGCCCAGAUACUAGGGUUGGAGUCUCUAUUGGGUACACAGGAGCUCUGGCCCGUGCUGGUGGGUGCGACAGUACUGCCGACGGUCCUACAGAUGGCGCUGUUGCCAUUCUGCCCAGAGAGUCCACGCUUUCUCUACAUUGUGCGCAGCCAGGAGCACCAUGCCAAAAGCAGUCUGCGGAGGCUUACAGGCCAGUUGGAUGUGGGCGAGGACCUGGCGGAGAUGAAGGAGGAGAAGAGGAGGAUGGACAUGGAGAGGAAGGUGUCCAUCCUGGAGCUGUUCCGUUCGCCGCUCUACCGCCAGCCAAUCAUCAUCGCCAUCAUGCUCCAGCUGUCUCAGCAGCUCUCUGGCGUCAACGCUAUCUUUUACUACUCAACCAACAUCUUCCAGAAGGCAGGUGUCGAGAGCCCCGUGUACGCCACCAUAGGGGCUGGAGUUGUGAACUGCGCCUUCACCGUGGUGUCGCUCUUCUUAGUGGAGAGGAUGGGCCGGCGAACGUUGCACAUGCUCGGACUUUGUGGAAUGUGCCUGUGUGCGGUUGUUAUGACGAUAGCCCUCGCCCUAUUGGACAGUGUACCGUCGAUGAGCUACUUCUGCAUGCUGGCCAUCUUUGGCUUUGUGGCGUUCUUUGAAGUGGGCCCCGGCCCCAUCCCCUGGUUCUUCGUGGCCGAGCUGUUCUCGCAGGGCCCACGACCAGCAGCCAUGGCCGUGGCCGGCUUUUCCAACUGGACGGCCAACUUCAUCAUUGGCAUGUUCUUCCCAUCUGUUGCUCACAUCCUCGGUCCGUAUGUGUUCCUCCUCUUCGCGGUGCUCCUCCUCUUCUUCCUUUGCUUCACUUUCUUCCGAGUGCCGGAGACGCGGGGGAAGACGUUCGACCAGAUCUCAGCCUGCUUCCACGGCCACGCUCCCACUAUGAUGGACAUGGACAUGGAUAUGGACAUGGGCAAACCGAGCACAGAGCUGGACUACCUGGGAGGGGAUGUGGACGACAACGGCAACUGAUGCCUGACAGAAAGACUGGAGGAGAGGAUCGUGGUUGGAGAAAAACAUCUGGUAUACUUUGGAGGCAUGAAGCCGGACUUGUACAGUUAUAGCAAACAUAUACCCAUAGACAUACAAGGCUUUAACCAAUGGUUAUGGAUGCAGUUGUGGAUACUGAGUGAGUGUGUUCAUAUGUAUUUUAAGUAUGAGUGGAAAUUAUACAGAUAGGGUGAUGAGGAUUCUUGCACUUUAUUGACAGACUUCUGAGGCCUCUGCAGAGGACAAUAAUGACUGAACAAAUCAACACUAAACUACUGUGGAGCAUUACUAUAGUGAUGUGUUAACAGUUUAAAUCAACUUGCGUUAUUAUAGGGAUAUGUGGUUCCAGUUUCUAGGAACAGUUGUGGUGUAUCAAGUCAAACUGGGCUUGGAACACUGACAACUUGCAACUAAGUCCAAAUGUGCCUUUUUAAUGAUCUAGUGAGUUUUUAUACUACGAGCAAGAGAGCGUACCACUGCAUCUCUUACAGAAAGAUCACACAUAGGAUUAUCCCAAAUUCACAGUGGUCAAGCAUUCACAUGGUCUCAAGCUUCCAUACAGCUCAAAAUGGUUUAUGCAUGUUGUGAUUUUUUUACUAGCACAAUUGAUGUACAUAUCUAAAAAGAGGUAAGACUGGAAACUGAAAUGUUAGCUUAGUCAAUUAAGACCAAGGCAUGAGACGCUCCAACAUUUUGGGGGGUUUCCUGGUUUUGCACAGCUGACAUUUUUUUCUGUAUAGAAAAUGCAUUUUUACAGUGCUUAAGUGUACAUAGCUUGAUAAUUCAAUGAGUCAUGAACAAGGGUCUUCAAAUUUCCACAGACUUCCCCCACUCCAUUAUAUUUGUACAUUUAAGUGUCUUAGAGUUUCUGUUUCAAUAAGACAAUAGAAAGAAGUCACCAUAAACUUUUGGUUUAUUUGUUACAGAGGAGCAAUAUGGAACAAUAUGGAGUGCUUUUAAUCAACAGGAUGUUUGUGAUGCAGGUUUGAGUGAAUAUUUUUUUUUUAACUUAGUCAACUGUAAAGGAUGAAAAACUAUUUCUAUUUAUGUUUGACCAUUUCUGCUGUGUUACCUCUGUGUGCGUGUUUCAUAAAGUUGAUGUGAAGAAACUU